UUCUCACACAUAACCUCAAAAUAAAAAAUUGAUCUCGAUCCUGGCGUCACCUACUGGAGCCUGCAGCAGACAAUCUCACGCUUUCGCACUGAGAACGAUCAUUGCAUAUUUAUGUCUUUCGAACAACAAACAAGCAAAAGUUUGGUGGUAUCGUACCGUUAAUAUCCGCCGAAUUUCGUAACGGACGCGUCGGACAAAAUGUAUAAAAGGAUUCCGCCUUGUAAGAACGCAUAAUUAUGAUAUAACCGGGCCGGUGUCUGAGAACCGAAAUAAUGCGAGGUGGACAAGUAUGAAAUAUUAAACAUGUCUCAUGGCUGGAGGCAGGAGCAACAACAAGCGAAGUGGAAAUUUAGACAGAACACAUCAAUGGCUUCGUUGCCAUCAGCUUUAUGCUUCUGUCACGCCUGAACUUCCUUCAAGUGAAACAUUUAAAAAGUAUCAACUUGCAGAGGAGAACCGUGUUAUCGCAAAAAGUCUUAGCAAUCUGCAGAAUAACAUUUGGAGAAUAUUUACGGACUCCUUGUAUUGUGAUCUUAACAUAAUACAUGGAUAUAAUGUAAUACGAACAAACCAGUGUAUUGUUAAAACCAGAGCUCCACAUUUUUACGAGGUUCUCCAACCUUAUUUUAUAUACACUAAUAAUCACAUUGAUUGCAUCCUUGAUAAACCAGGAAUUUUUCAUCAUAUUCAAGGCUUUGUGAGGUGUUUAUAUAACAAUACAAAUUUAAUACAAGAGGAACAACUGCUGGUAGAACUUAUAUUGAACGUUACUUAUGUAUCAAAAUUUGUGAACACUCCUUGCGUUAAUAAUACUUCUGACAUCAGUGAAAGAUAUGUGGAUUGCACAAAAACAGAUUGUAAUGUAACAAUAAAUCUUAGAAAUACAAGAAAUGUAAAAGAGUAUGCUGCAGUGGAUGUAAGUCCCACUUUAUCCGAUAUGGCUGAUUCUGGUUUAGAAACUGGUUCCGUAAGUCCACAUGAAAAUACAGCAUCUGAAAAUUCUAGUACUGAUUUUGAAGAAUUACAAGUCACCGAAUAUGCAUCUACGAAUGAAGAUUUUGAUAAAAUACGUGUUAGAUGUGUUAAUAACAGAGAUCAAAAAGUAGUCGCAGACUCAGACCGUUAUGAUUCAGUCAAUAAUUAUAACAGUACAUGCCAUAUAAGAGACUUGGUAGAGUCAGGAUUGAUGGAAUGUGCUUCAAAUGAACAUAGCGCAACAUGUUCUUCUGUCGAUGCGGAACAACCACAACUAGAUUCAUCUAGUUCAUCUGUGGAAAAUGCGCAGAAAGCUAAAGUAUACACAGAUGAAAUUUUUCAGUAUGAAAAUCAAGUGCUUAGUGAUCCAUUUUAUGAAUCUGACUGCGGAAGCGAUGAAAACGAGUUGUUUGAAUUUGUUGAUCUUGGUAAUGCAUCUUCCGUAAGCGCGGACGUGGAAAAGGAAUCAGCUAAAGAAGAGUCCAUAGAAAAGUCGCAAGAUGAAAAGUCAUGUCAUUAUGAUUAUUCUCAAGUUGAAGAUGCACAGUCGGAAGAUACAAAAGUUGAAGCAUCUCAUGAUGUGUCGAAACAAACAAGUUCCUGUAAUACAAGCAAUUAUUAUUUUAUUGAUGCAUCAACCUUGAAUGAUGAAACCAUAGUACUACCUUCAACUGUAACUAAAAAUCAAUGUUUCGAUGAAAAACCACAAUCGCACACUUCCCGUCCUUCUGAAUAUAAUACAAACAAAUCUAACGACCUUACCGAGGAUCAGUGUUACAAAUUCACAUCUGUCAAAACAAGUAAUUUACAAAUGGGACAUGAAAGGGUAGCAGAAUUUGAAAGAGAAAUAAAACUCACGGAACAUCUAGAACCAUUUGCAGAUGCAAGAAAAAUAAGGAGGACCGAUUCUACUUCGGAAGAUAAAACAAGCAUAGGUACAGAAACUAACAAAGAAUCUUUAGUUGUAGAAAUUAAAGAAGCAGAUAGUGGUGAAAGCGCACAUCCAUCUCCUUACCCUGAUAAUAACAAAAAUAUGAAUAAUGAUCGACACAUUGUAUCGCGGACGAAUAACGACAAUGACACCUCUAUUAACUUAGAUAAUAAAAAAGAAGUAAUCGAGCAAGUAAACGAAAAAGAUACAGAUUUCAUGGAAGACAUUCGACGACCUUCUCUUAUCAGGAGAAAUACGUUUGAGUUAGAUUCUAAUGACGAAAAGUUAUCAGUGUUGAGGCAAGAAUAUGAACGACGACAAGGUACUUUAGUUUUCCAAAAUGCUAUACCUCAAUAUUCAGGGCAUCGUGUCGAUGGUGAUUCAUGUUUCAUCCCACCUGAUGAACCUGAGAUUCCUAUAAGCAAUGUACUAAACAAAUUUGCUAUGGAUGUUCAAAUGCCAACUGCUACUCAAUAUCAUACAAUGCCGUAUUUGCCAUUGUGCAAUGAAAAGUAUGAGAUUGAUCAUACGUCAACAGAAACUAAUAAUUCCCUACAAAAUGACGGUAAAUCUAAUAUAACUUAUCCAGUAACAAGAAGCGCUAGUGACAAAAUGGUAAUGGACUGUGGUGCAGAGUUGGAUAAUGGGUCAAACAGUUGCAGUAACAGUUUACCUGUUACAUUAAAUUGUAUAUUAGAAAAGGACACUAAGACGGAUACAUUAAAGAAGACUAAGUGUGACGACACCACGCCUAUUAUUUCUGGUGGAGUCAGCACUUCGGAUUAUUCUAAACCUACUGAUAGUCCUACUGUGCGUCGGAAAACAGAGUCUACACCAAUUGUUUCGGGAGGUUCUGUCAUUAUGAGUGAACCUGAAGUAAAAAUAAAAUCAACAAGAAUGUCUUCUUCCAUGACUGCAUGGGUAGUUGAUAUGAGUGAUUGUAAUAAAAAUGACCCCAAAUCAGCGAAUAAUUCGCAUGUAGGCAUGUCUCAAAGUUUUUCUACUUCAGAAUGUGUCAAGAAACCUAUAAGAAAAAUAAGUCAUGAAAAACACGGUAGCUUAGGUUUCUUUGUUAAUUUGAAGGAUAUGGAUUCUAAACCCGUUACACAGCAACAGAUUUGUCCACCACAGAAAAAAGAUCAAAAUGAAAGUGGUAAGUCCUAUUGUGAAUUUUAUGUUGACAUGUCUCACGCAAAUAACGCAUUAAAAAUUAAGAAGUUAGAAACGGAAGAAUCUACUAACAAACCUGACAAGUUUAAUGAAGCAAACGACAAGAAGAACAUAUUCUCUAUGUUCAUUGAUUUAAGCAAUCCACCAACGAACUCAGAAACUACUGUACAACAAACGCACAGAAGAAGUUUCUCUACAUUUUAUGAUAAACGCGUGGAAAUAAAAUCAGAUGAUACUAAUUCUAGCGAGAAUAGUACAACUAGAGAAGAUCAAUCAAUCAAUGAACAAAAAUCUAUUCGAGAAAAGGCUAAACCAAGCGUGUUUAUGUACAUAGAGUCGGAUUCACCAGUGGUUAGAAGAAGAACAUUGUCAUCGUCGAGACCGGCAUUCAAACGACAUUCUUGGAAUGUGGAUAAAACGCAAAGUACCAAUAAUAAUAAUGGGCACAUUGUAAAAGAAAUUAUGUUCAGGAAGGAACACAAACGAGCACAUAGCCUGUCGGUAGAUCGUGGAGACUUAAAGAAAUUACAAGCAAAGCCCAGUUGUUCGAGUCAUUCUUUAAGUGACACAAUAAAACCAGAAUGUGCUGCUCAAAAAAAUUCUAAAUUUCUUAAAGAAGGAAACGGAGUCCUGAGUAACAUGGAUACAUCUUCAGAAGAUGCAUUUGAAUAUGAUACAAGGGACACACCUCCGAAUUCUCAUGUUGAAGUGAUUAAUGAAGAACUUCGCGUGAGCGUAAAAGAACAUGAGUACACUGAAUUGAAAACCGAUCGAACUACGGAUAAUCUUAAUACUAGUGAUGUUAAAACAUACGAAGAUGAAUAUUCAGAAACUUCCGCGUGGGAAAAAACAUGUACAGAGAGUACUGAAGGACAAACCCGUAAAAGUGAGACUUUCGAUAUCAGUAGCGGUAGCGGGCCAUCUCCAGAUAGUGAUAAUCAUGAUUAUGAAUUAUCAGAAUUGUUAAACGGUGAAGUGCCAAACUUAGAUCGAACACAAACAGUUCCUGCUGUAUGUAAUAAAAUAUCUGAGACGCAUAAAUCUUUAAAUGAAACAAUCAAAAAAAUUGAAAGUGAAUUUAAAGAUCCAGAUUACGAAAAACCAGAAACUACAUAUGAAAACCAUAACACGGCAUCAAAGAAAAAUGACAGAGCCAUGAAACUUAAUCUUGUAGCAACAACAUCCAACUUUGUUCGAUUAUCGGAUUUGGAUAAAACGCCUAUUGCUUCUCGUACAUCGGAUACUUUAAUUGUAAAGGAAGACAGAACUGCGUAUCGAAUGUGUAAUAGCAUCCCAGAAACUUCUUGGAUUGAAAGCAAGUUAGGUAUGUCCAGAACAAAUGGAUCGGUUAGACCACUUCCCAGGAAAUUCACAUCGAUCAUGAGCACUUCCUUGCCAUCUAAACAAAAAUCUCCUCUUGAGGACUUAACAGGAGAAUAUGAUGGUGAAGGUAUUAUAUCAGAAUCUGAUUUAAGUAGUAUGCAGAGUAGCAUGGGUCGUUCUGGGGCAGAAGGAAGUACAGAAGAAACUGAAACAUCGAGUUUAGCAGGUGGAAGACCAUACAAUAGAUUGGGAGAAGAUUUACUAAGAAUGUUCUUAGAAGAAAUUAAUCCAGAUGUUACGAUUGAUGUAGCUGGUCGUCGCAUAAGAGCUCACAAAUGUAUAUUAAGUUCUCGUUGUCAAUAUUUUGCAGCGAUUCUUAGCGGGGGGUGGAUUGAAAAUGCGGGAAAUGUUAUUUCCUUGCAAGGAUACUCUUAUGAUGCAGUACAUUUUGCAUUAUGUCACAUUUAUAGUGGGGAAAGUAAUAUACCAGAUUCUAUAAGUAUAGUAGAAUUAGCAACUUUGGCUGAUAUGCUAUGCUUGGAGGGUCUUAAAGAGGUUAUAGGAUAUACGCUUAAAGUUAAAUAUUGCCAUUUGUUUCAUAAGCCCUGUCAAAUAUGCGCCGUAGGUGUACUAGAAUGUAUACCUUUGGCGGCAGCUUAUGGUCUAGAUGAGGUAUAUCGUAAAUCUCUUCGUUGGGUCACAAGACACUUCGUACGAAUAUGGCCAUGCAAGGCAUUUGCAACUCUUCCAAGAGAAUUGAUGGAAAAAUGUUACCAUCAACAUAUUGUACACAUGUCAACGGACAAUGUGCUUCAAACUAUGAUGGAUUGUGAUAAACUCCUUGCAACCCUGCCAAAUGUGCGUUGGGCAGAACCAGUAUUUAGAAUGGUUUCGAAUUUAUUGGAAACAUCAAUGAAGUUUUUAUCAGAUAAUUUCUCGGGAAUAUUGGGAAAUGAAAAUUUUCAAUCCCUUGGUCGAGAAUUGACAUGGAAUAUCAGUCGAUUAGAAGAUAAUUUCUUAGCUGCUGCAGAACAUUUGCCUCCUGAACAAGCGUGUAAAAGUUAUUCGAAAUUACAUAAAAUGUUGGCAUCGGUACAAGUAGACGAGAAUCAGGAGAAAAUGAAAUGGGGUCCUUUGUUUAUUGAUUUUCUGAAGAAAAUUCAAAGUCGUGUAGAGAAGUGUUUAGUCAGAGAUGCAGCACGAGCAGCGAGGACCACAACAUGGUUAAAAAUGGAUCUAGAACUGCGACGUAGAAUACAAGAGUUAGCUUGCCUUGUUAUUCUACCUCAUGAAACUUCAAAACGUCAAUCAAGGCAUUCUAACUUUGUAAAAGUAAAUAACAGUGAACCUAAAUCAUCGUUGAGUCGCUCAACAACAAAUCGCAAUUUGGAUUUAAAACGUGUGAAAAUGGUUAUAUCGAAACAUAAUGAUAAAACUUUAAAACAAAUGGUCGCUGUACAGCAAACAAAAAAGGUAAUAAACAAACCUAAAACUGAUCCGUUGGAACGUAAGAUGCAAGAUGAUAAACCAGCUACGACGGAAACAAGUAGACCAAAAUCUUGGCCCAAUAAAAUAGAGGUGAAGUCAAGAUACUUAGAACCUAGAAAUAAGUCUGUUCCCAAAGAAACUGUUCAACCACCACACCAGGAAAAAGUGCUAGUACAUCAACGUCGAAAAAUAAUGAUUUCGUCAUCGGAUUCAUCUCGGACAUCUAGUCCCGCUAUGAAACGCGCUACUGAUAAAAAACCAUUGGCCAAGAUAAAGUUACCUAUAAAGAAGGAUGUGAAGGCUCUCUCUUCUGAUAGCCUAACAGAUCCUAAUUCGAGUAGAACGAAUAAUAAGAAGGAUUCACUCAGCAAAAGUUGUGGCAUUACACGCCCAGAAUCGCCAACUUUUAAACAAAAGAAUGUCGAGAUAGGAUUAUCUGUGGAUUCAUUGGCAGAAUCAAAAAAUAAACCUGUAGCCGCCAAAAAGAAAACUACUAAAAUGGAUACCUCAAUGUCUACGGAUAGUCUUAUGACUGAGAUCACAACCACGCCCAAAUCAAAUGUAUCAAAUAAAUUAUCACCGACUUUAGGGAAAACAAUUAACAAAACACAAGCUUAUGAUAAGGUAAAAAAGAGUUCGCCACCGACUCAGCAAAGAAGUCCGCUGACAGCAACAAGAAGGCCACUUAGAUCUUUAGAAAGCUCGACUGCAGCUAGCAGAAGUAGGGUAGCAGCUAUAAGCGCUUACCAUGGUUCGCCUAGUUUGCGACGAAAUCUUCUAGAUGCUGCAAAAACACCAGAUAUUUCAAGUAAGUUAAUAAAUAAUGUGUCAUCCAAACCUGCGAAUACACGAUCGGUUGCACAGUCCGUAACCAAUCAUUCUAAUUUAAAAAAAGAAAAGAAAGAAGUAUUGCCAAAUCAACAGAGUUCUGAAAGCCCUAGUAAAAGAUCUUCCCCAAUAUCAUCUGGCGCUUAUAAAGUAAGUAAAUCUGCGGUAACCAAUAAAAGAACGGCGAGUAAGGCUUCGAACGAUGAUAAGAUUAAAAAUAAAUGCCAUAAUGGGGAAGUUGCAAAACAACCUACAGUAGGCUCUAGGUCGGGAACUUUUCUAAAAGACGAACCUACGAUACUUAAGAAAGCAGAUAUUAAAUCUUCUCAAAUCAAUACUUAAAUUUAUAGACUGGUCGCUGUGUAUGUUUUUAUGGUUACAUUGCACCAUUAGAUUUAUGACUCAUAUAUAUAUAUAUACAUAUAUAUAUAUAUAUAUAUAUACAAACUGUCAUCUCUAAUUGCAAACGUGAUAAUUCCAACUGCGAAUUCGUACUAUGUAUAAAAAUAGAAUUACAUAUAAUUUUAAUUUAAUGCAAGUUGCAGUUAAUAUAAUCAUAAAAGAAAAUAUAUUUAAAAUGCAUUUACUAGAUAUAUAGAAAAUGUGCUAUGAUUUUGUUGUAAUGUUAAAAGUAUCUAUAAAUGAAAUAUGGCACUAGGGAUAUAUAACUUUCAAAUUAAAUUGUUUUUCAAUUAUUUGGUAUAUGACAAACGGAGUAAGAAUAUUAUUAGCAACAAUUUGGGUAUUAAUUACAUUCAGUUCAUUAUACUUCACAGUAAUACUGAUAAAAAUAUCACGUUUGAUCAUAAAUGUAGUUAGCUUAAUGUCCCACCCAGUUUUCAACCAAUGCGCGCAUUAAUAUGUCAUAGUAUUACACACGCAUAUUUAUAGAUUAUAAAUCUAACAUGGCCAGUUAGAUAAUAUUUAGAUAGAUUUUUCUUUCUUCCACACUAAAAAGCCAUAUCACAAAAAAUUGUUUAAUAGAAUUAUUUACUUGUUUAACCAGUUGCAGUAUAUGUAAAGUACAUCCUUGUCUUACCAUUUAAUGUUGCCAUCUUAAUAAUUCUGAUUGUAAGUAGAAUUCUGUUUACCCUCCAGUGAUCCUAAUUAAUGAAUUAUAUAUAGUUAUUGUAUUUAUUUAUUAUUACAUUUAUAUCUAUAUUUUGCAAUGUACAUUUCUAUGCAAUAUUUGUAUCUAGUCAUUUAUAUAUUUUAAAUAUUUACUUUUAUGUAAUGUUAAUAAACAAUUCGAUAUAAUGUUAAAAAAACCGUCUAAUUCUUUAAAUUUUUAUUUUCUAUGAAAUUUAAGUACUAGCAAAAAAAACUAAAUUAAAAUUUGUAAAAAUAUUUAUAUACAAUUACAAUUAUUUUAGAUACGCAACGAUGUAUGUACAACUAAUUUUUACACGUCCAGCAGUGUGCCUCUAGGUCUUGCUCUCUUUUGUUCUGCUUCAGGUGGAGGCAUUGUCUUUCGUUUAUUCAUUCCUUUUCUUUCCAAUUGUUUUUCUAUUAUUCGAGCAUUAUUCGCAUAAGAGUCAGCAACUUCUCUCUGAAAAUACAAAAUACAUAGAAUGUGAUACAAGAAUGUAAUAGUCAAUAAAUAUACUCACAGCUUCAAUUUCAUCUUCUUCUUCGUCAAUAGUAGAGACAGUGACAGAACUGAAUUUUCCCAUAUUUUUGGUAUGUUUUGUUACCAUUAUCUUUUUUGGCUUUUCAAUAGCUACUUGAUUAUAUAUAUCCGUCAUAGGACCUUCACCAGAACUUUUAAUUACAGCACCCUUCACAAUAAACACAACAUUCGUUGCUUGAUCAUGUUUGUAAUAAAGAAAGAGUCCACACCUGUAAUGCAUAUAGGAUUUAUAA